AUGUCCUCCUCCAUAGCGUCCACGUCCGCUGUGUCUUCUAGCACUGAGUCGAAUGCGGCUCCUUCUUCAAGCAGUACCGACUCGAACAACAACAGUAACCCAAGCUUCUUUUCCCCAGGCUCGUCACCCCCGCUUAUCCUUGCGUUCCUGGCAAUUGGGCUCUUCGCUGCAGCGAUGAUCGCAGUGUUUGGAUGGAGGAGGAUACAGUUUGGGACCGCGGUUGGAUCAAGAGCAGAUGUGGAUGAGCGGCUGAGACAUUUAGGCAAGAGGCCAAAGUUGUGGGAUUUAUGGACGGGAAAGCGCGCAAGCACGUCAGAUGCCUGGGAGACUAUAAUGCCCAUCUCUGCCAUCGUGCAUUAUCCCAUCUCUGAUACCAAACGUGAUCACUCGAAGAGCAGUGUAGCCUUUCUACCACUUCACCAGUUUCUUCGAUCACGUCGAGAUGGAGAUUCUUCAUCUCUGAAUGAUGAUGAUGACGACGAUGACAACGACGUAUCAGGACCAGUAGAUGUGCAGGUGGCCGUAGCCGUAGCUAUGCCAUCGCCACCUAUAAAGCGGUUAUCCAUUGCUCCCUCGAGCUCCCCUGGAAAAGAGCCGGAGAAGAUUACGGACGAAAGGGCGCUGGUGGAGUACUUCCCUGGGACUUUAUAG